AUGAAUAAAACAAAUUACUCUCCCGUGACUGAAUUUGUGUUCCUGGGACUUUCUACUUCUAGAUCAGUGCAGCAUCUCCUCCUUGCCUUCUCUACGGCGUUUUAUGUCACAAUUGUUCUGGGAAAUCUCUUUAUUGUGUUUAUGGUGAUCUUUGACCCUCAUUUACAUUCCCCCAUGUAUUUCCUUUUAGCCAACCUCUCGUUUAUUGAUUUGAGUUUUUCUACACUAACAGUUCCUAAGAUGAUUUGUGACAUGUACUCUGGGCACAAAACCAUAUCCUUCCAGGGGUGUGUUAUCCAGAUAUUUGUCCUUCAUGUCUUGGGUGGCUCUGAGAUGGUGCUGCUCGUUGCUAUGGCCCUGGAUCGAUAUGUGGCCAUAUGUAAGCCCCUCCACUACCUGACUGUCAUGAGCCCACGGAUGUGCAUUUUACUUCUUUCUGGAGCCUGGGCUAUUGGCCUCAUUCACUCUGUGGCCCAGUUAGCUUCUGUUGUCCAUUUGUCUUUUUGUGGUCCUAAUGAGAUAGAUAGCUUUUACUGUGACCUUCCUUGGUUUAUCAAACUUGCCUGCACAGACACUCACAGAAUGGAAUUCAUGGUUACUGCCAAUAGCGGAUUCAUUUCCACGGGCACCUUCUUCUUAUUGAUUGUCUCCUAUAUCUUUAUGCUGGUCACUGUAUGGAAUCACUCUUCAGGGGGUUUAUCCAAGGCCCUUUCUACUCUGUCAGCUCAUAUCACUGUGGUGGUGUUGUUCUUUGGACCAUGCAUCUUCGUUUACGUGUGGCCAUUUCCCACAGUGCCAGUGGAUAAAUUUCUUGCCAUUUUGGACUUUAUGAUUACACCCAUCCUGAAUCCUGCCAUCUACACACUGAGGAACAAGGACAUGAAGAUGGCAAUGAGGAGACUGAGUAUUCAACUCCUGAGUUUGAGGAAGAUCUCCUAA